AUGACCGACUCGUUGAACACUUUCACGACUGCACGAAAAAGACUGAGUUUUAAAACCACCAAGAGACGCCUGUCUCCUGAAACUCUGAAGCCAGUGGAGCAGUACGAGCCGCAUAGAACCAAGAACUCACGUCCGUGCUCGCAAGGCUUUGCAGAGAGGCGACAAAGGAAGACCUUAAAGAGAGAAGAGCAGAAGUACUGGCUGAAGCUGCAGAGGCGGGGAAAAGCAUUCGCUAUACCCAUCGAGACUUCGCCAGUCACAAUACAAGGAUGA